GUGUCAGUCAAUCCAACCCUUCCGGACACAGAGAGCGCGCCGCGCAUCCACAUUCCCUCCCGCGAGGAGCGCUCAGCUGUCUCAUCCCGUUCUGUCUCAGCGCCUGGAAUUUUACCUCCCCGGUGCUGUUCACACCUUUCUUCGCCAGCCCCCGGGAAUAACGGGCGACCCGUAGUGCUCUCCGUGGCGAUGGUGUCUGACAUGAUCUGACAGAGGAAGACUGCAGCGAUAGUCUCCGUGGUUAUUAUGGGCUGUGCCCACUGUAAACAGAAAAAGGCUGCAGCCAAGGCUGCUGCAGUCGAGCUGUCUGACCCAUCUCCUAGCAACAGCCCUGAUGGGGUUGUGUCUACAGCAUCGGCCAUGCCCCGUUAUCAUCCUGGCCCCACCCACCCGACAAUACCUGACUUCAACAAGCCGUUUGGUUCCGCCUGUUCUCCUAAUACUAACGCACAAACCUGCGCAGGGGGCAUCACAGGUGGCGGUGUAACUCUCUUCAUAGCAUUGUAUGACUAUGAUGCUCGUACUGAAGAUGACCUGUCCUUCCAGAAGGGAGAGAAGUUCCACAUUAUCAACAACACAGAGGGGGAUUGGUGGGAGGCCCGGUCAUUGGACACUGGGAAGUCCGGUUACGUCCCUAGUAACUAUGUAGCUCCUGUAGACUCUAUACAGGCUGAGGAUUGGUAUUUCGGGAAGAUGGGGAGGAAGGAUGCAGAGAGACAGCUCCUGGGACUGGAGAACCCCAGAGGAACAUUCCUUAUCAGAGAGAGUGAGACCACCAAGGGUGCCUACUCUCUGUCUAUCCGGGACUGGGAUGAUGGUAAAGGUGACCACGUCAAACAUUAUAAGAUCAGGAAGCUGGACAAUGGAGGAUAUUAUAUCACAACACGCACACAGUUUGACACCGUGCAUCAACUGGUGCAGCACUACACAGAGCGAGCGGCAGGUUUGUGCUGUAGGUUGAUUGGCAGCUGUAGGCGGGGCAUGCCUAAGCUAGCCGACCUAUCGGUGAAGACCAAGGACGUGUGGGAGAUUCCCAGAGAAUCUCUCCAGCUGAUUAAGAAGCUGGGCAACGGGCAGUUUGGAGAAGUCUGGAUGGGUAUGUGGAACGGCACCACCAAGGUAGCAGUGAAGACAUUGAAGCCAGGCACCAUGUCUCCAGAGGCCUUCCUAGAAGAGGCUCAGAUCAUGAAGAGACUGAGACAUGACAAGCUGGUGCAGCUGUACGCUGUGGUCUCUGAAGAACCCAUCUACAUCAUCACAGAGUUCAUGAGCCAAGGUAGCUUACUGGACUUCCUGAAGGAUGGGGAAGGAGGGAAUCUGAAGUUGCCUCAACUGGUGGAUAUGGCUGCACAGAUAGCGGCAGGCAUGGCGUAUAUAGAGCGUAUGAACUACAUCCAUCGUGAUCUGCGAGCGGCAAACAUUCUGGUCGGGGAAAAUCUGGUGUGCAAGAUCGCUGACUUUGGUCUGGCCAGACUCAUAGAGGACAAUGAGUACACAGCCAGACAAGGAGCCAAGUUCCCCAUCAAGUGGACAGCUCCUGAAGCAGCUCUAUAUGGGCGCUUCACCAUCAAGUCUGAUGUGUGGAGCUUUGGUAUCCUGCUCACUGAACUCAUCACAAAAGGACGCGUGCCUUACCCAGGUAUGAAUAACCGCGAGGUCCUGGAGCAGGUGGAGAGAGGCUACAGGAUGCCCUGUGCGGUGGGUUGUCCUGCCUCCCUCCAUGAGCUGAUGGUGCAGUGUUGGCGGAGAGAGGCGGACGAGAGACACACCUUUGAAUACCUGCAGGGCUUCCUGGAAGACUACUUCACUGCUACUGAACCCCAGUACCAGCCUGGAGAGAACCUGUGACCACGCACAUGCACACAGACACAAGUGUACACACACACACACAACCUAUACAUACUGUAAGCCUUAUCUACUAUAUGUUGCUGUCUGUCAGGGCAGAGCAAUCAAACACGAGCCAGAAUUCUUCCUCUCCUCCUAUCUGUGCUCGGCUGCCCAGACCAGCAGAGGAAAUGGGACUGUUGUCAGUGUACUAUGCCUUAAUAGCUUUACUGGGGGGGUUUAAGGUUAGGGUUAGAUGGGGUUAGGGGUCAAGGUUUGUGGGGCUGUAGGGGACCAGUUUGUGCCUAAAAUCUUUACUUGUGUAAGAUGAUGAUGGUGAUGACUUCACUCCAAUGCUUUUUACUCUCUAAGCAUCUUUCAUGACGUCAAAGUGGAUUUUUUCUGUAACCUUUCUUAAACCUGAUAUUGACAACCCUGUUUUUUUAUUUUUUAUUUAAUGCUUGUAUAUCUACUGUUUGUAUCUUAGCUAACACAUGGGGUUUGUUCAACAGGGUGCAACGUUUCAGAAUGUUCAGAUAGAUAAUCAUAUAUGUUCUAUACAGUAUAUUUUUAUCAGGUGGAAUAGGUGUUUGUACCAGCUCUAUUCGUACAAUUUCUAUGUGCUAUGUUCUGACUAUUUCACCUCUCUGAAUCCACGUAUGUUCUGUAUACAGCCUUCUGCCAAUGGGAGGGCCAGGCAAAGGGUCAAAUGAAUGCACAGAGGUCGGAGUUGGGACCGUGAGCAGGAGUGUGGGUUUUUAUAAUGAUUUUAACUUUUCUGUUGUUUCAGAUGUUUCUGUGCCUUUGGUAAAGUUAUUUUCCACAAUACACGUGUGUCUUGUUUUCUUAGUUUCUAGGUCUAGCCUUCAAACACAUAUUUCUUUACUCACAGACACAUGCACACACACAUUUUGACUGUCUAGUUUGGUCAGUCUACUUCAAAUUGGUUCCCUCCUGUGGUAAGUCUGUCUGCUGUUUUAUCUGUGUGAGCACCCAGCACUGUUCAUUAUAACGUAAUUAGAGCAGAAAAAAUAAAUGUUUUGUCAUACCCAUGG